GGCGCGUGCUGUCGAGUACCUGUUUGCCGCCUCCGAGACUGCAAGUAGAUAAAAGGUGGCAUUCUGCUCGGGGGGAAAAGUCUCUUCACGCCCAGCUCUUCCGCCGCCAUCUGCAUCGAAAUGAAGCUGAUUCUCUCUGCCGCCGCUGCCGCCCUCGUUGCUGCCACCAGCGUCUCUGCCUGGGUUGUCUCUGGCCCUCAGGUUGGAGCCGAAGGCAAGGUCUGGCCCAUCCCCAGCAAGUGCUGGAAAACCCUCGAUGGCAAGCCCACCCUGAACGUCUGCCAUCGUGGUUCUCGCUUCCACCUCCCCGAGGAAAGUGCUGGCGCCUACUGGGAGUCUGUCCUCCAGAACUGCGACUACACCGAGCCCGAUAUUACCUUCUCCAAGGACGGCGUCGCCAUGGCCAACCACGACCUCUUCCUCAACCCUGGCCUUGAUAUCUCGGACCCUUUCUUCACCGGCAAGGACCGAAGCCGCUGGGUCACCAAGGAGGAUCAGUACCAGCAGAUCAACGCCUCCUACUGGGUCAGCGACUUUACCGCCAAGGAGAUCAAGGAUCACGCCUUCAUCAUCCAGAACGCCGCCAUGACCUACCGCCCCAAGUUCUACAACCACCUCUUCCCCAUGCUCACCAUCGAAGAGUACUACCAGACCGUCAUGAACGUCUCGGCCCUGACCAACACCAUGACUGGACUCAUUCCCGAGAUCAAGUCGUCCUUCUACCACAACACCCAGGUCCUCAACAAAACCGACCUCUCCGCCAUCAACUACUUUGACAAUGCUGUCCCUGGCGGCAAGUGGCCCAGCAACUACGAGUUCCGCGCCGAAGAGUCCACCAUCGCCACUCUGAAGAAGCUCGGUCUCCCCACCAAGAACCACCCUGUCAUCAUCCAGUGCUUCGAGUGGGCCACCAUCGAGUACCUCGCCCGCACCUACCCCAACCAGAGCAUGUUCCGCGGCCUGCUCUUCCUCGUCGAUGCCAACUGGUGGGCUCUCACCAACAAGGGCCUGGAUGCUGUUGCCGCCGUCGCCAAGGAAACCGGCAACCAGAUCUACGUUGGCCCCUGGAAGGAUGCCACCUACGACGGCGAGCCUCUGUAUAUCCUCCAGUCCUACAACAUCAACAUCUACGAUGAGUCCCGCACCGCCCUCGUCUACCCCGGCUACGACCCCCGCGAUAUCAUUGAGCCCGCCAGCCUCGUUGCGGCCAUCCACCAGCGCGGCCUCUACUACUACCCCUACACCUACUACGACUCUCGCCAGUCGCUCUCCUACAGCUGCAUGUCCUCCAUCCCCAAGGACUUUGACAUGAACUCGCUCCACUACAAGCCUGUCCCCUGCCCCCAGAACAAGCGUGACGAGUUCUUCCAGCACUACGCCAUGGGCACUGACGCCAUGUUCAUCGAGAACCAGGCCGAGGCCAACCAGCUCCGCGACGAGUACAACACCAUCCUGCUGCUCAAGUGCCGCGAGAACUACCUCAAGAACGCCGCCAGCGACAACUUCAACUGGCCCCCUGGUCCCAGCAACCACACCCACAAGUGCCGGGCCUAAGCGUGCCGUAGUCAGUCGGCGCACAAGAUCGCCCAAUCCAUCGCAGCUACCGGAACCCUUUGCUGGUCCUCAUGCACAUCUACAUCCACUUCGCCAUCUUUGCCCCUGCACCGGCUCCCAUCUAUUCAUUUCCAUCCAUCCGUCUCUCCUGAACUCACUCUC